CUGGCGUUAUUCAUAUUUUGUGUUUACGAAUUUCAUAUGUAUACCCGAGAUUAAAACAAGUAAUUUAUACAAGAAACGCAAUAUAUCAACAUUUAGCCAGACAAAACUUCAUGUGCUAUAACAGCACAUAGUUAUUAUAAUAAAAUUAUGUUCCGUGACAAUUACGGGCAAUUAUGUCUGUUUAUGUGUGGGGUUUUGGUAAACUGGGUCAACUCGGUAACGGACAAACGGAAAUAGCUCACACGCCUGUGGAAGUUAAACUACGUGAACGCUGUAGAGCGGUCCAGUGCGGUGGACACUACACAGCAGUCGUCACCGAUAGCGGGGCGCUAUAUACGUUCGGAUGCGGAAAGUACGGACGAUUGGGGACCGGGGAUGAGACGGACAGACGGACACCUGUGCGAGUAAGGAUUAGGAAGAAUGGGAAAGACGUAGCCAUACAUUCGGUUUCUUGCGGAAACUGGCACGGUGCAGCGAUCUCUAACGAAGGCGAGCUCUAUACCUGGGGCUUCAAUAGAAGCAAUGGCGUGCUGGGGUCUGGUGAUGUUCCGCACCUUUCUAUACCAACCCUUCUACCAGGCCCUUUCACCAUGAAGGUGGCCGGUGUGUCGUGCGGAAACAACUUCACCUUACUAUGGACUACUGACGGGGUGCCGUAUUCGUGGGGGUGCGGGCGCCAUGGCGUCUUGGGUCACGGAGACGAGUUGCCAAGGACAAACCCAACCUUGAUUUGUCAGUUCGAGGCUGAUGUCGCACGCGUAUUGUUCAUGAGCGCCGGAUUUUCGCACUGUGCCGCUGUUACCGAUAAAGGCGUCUAUUCGUUUGGUAGAGGUCAAGAUGGAGCACUGGGUCACGGUCAAGGUCACUUAGGAACAACAUUUGUUCCAACGUUAGUCAAAACAUUCCAUCACGAUUGUAAAAUUGUCGAAGUGAGCUGCAGCGUAGGUGAAAAACACGGACACACGUUGUUUCUAGACGCAGAUGGCCAUGUGUUUUCGUGUGGUGAUGGUUAUAAAGGUAAACUAGGACUCGGGGACCAAAUAUCCAGGUUCACCGCGAUGCAGAUACCACAAGAACACUUCAGUAAUGAAAAAAUACGUCACGUGGCAGCCGGUGGAAUACACAGCGCUGCUGUGAGUUCCUCCGGACGCAUUUUCACGUGGGGCUGCGGGAGUGACGGCAGACUGGGUCACCCAGACGGGAAGGGCCACCGUUACCUCUUCCGGUCUGAUACGCCGAGGUUGGUGAAAGUGCUCUCUGAGCGAGGAGUCGUCAAUACUAUAUCCAGUUCAUACUAUCAUGUUGCAGCGCUGACAAGUUGAGUUUAUCCAUGAUGUGUGUGCCCUGUAACACUUGUUCUUUCACAACUUAUUUUAACGAUUUAUGUUUUGUCAAUAGAUUAUCUAUGUUACAUUGGUUCGCUGUGUCGCCAUACAACAUUUUUAGUUUGUUCAAUCACGUUUCAAUGCCCGCACUGAGAUUGUAGCUCCUAUUGACUCGCACCUGAAGGCAACUAUUGCCAGGAUUUUGAUUACGUUGCAGCGGCGUUUUCACGUGUAAAGUUAAAUUUCAUUGAUGAUUUUAUAUAAGAACACAAGCUCCGACCAUGUUGUAUACGUGCUGUUCGAAAUAGGCAACGGUGUUUUGGUAGUUGUAAAUUAUAUAAGAUCCGUUGAAAUAAAAUCAAAUGUCAUGCGUU